AUGGCUGCAUCUACGCCAGUAGAAAAGCAGGUUCCCUUUGCACAAGCUUCAGACUCAGGAUCGUCACAAGCCUCCAAGUCGGUAUCACCACAUUAUGGUUCAUCUGCAGACCACUCCUUCAGCGACCCAGCCACAGCUCAGCAUUGGCGUCAAAUAUACGAAAAUGCCGAAUAUGAAGGACGGCAUCGUUUCAACCCACAUUAUACAUGGGAAGCCGAAGAAGAGAAACGUCUUGUCAAGAGACUCGACUGGCGGAUAGCGUUCUGGGCAUGGAUCAUGUUCAUUUCCAUGGAGUUGAAUCGCAGGAACAUCAAUCGAGCAAUCUCGGAUAACUUGCUUAAAGAUCUGGGUAUGAACACUAAUGACUACAAUUACGGUCAAACUAUCUUCCUUGCUUCUUUUCUAUUUGCAGAGCUACCCAGCGGCCUAAUUAGCAAGAAGCUUGGUGCUGAUCGAUGGAUCCCAACGAUCAUUUGCACAUGGUCCAUUGUUAGUGCCGCGCAAUGCGCCAUGAAAACCAAGGCCCACUACUUCAUCAUCAGGUGCAUCCUCGGCCUGCUGAUGGGCGGUUUCAUCCCAGAUAUCGUCCUCUGGUUGACAUACUUUUACAAGUCGAAUGAACUUCCGUAUCGCCUAGCAUGGUUCUGGACUGCUUUAAGUACCUGCAAUAUCCUUGGAUCACUGCUUGCAGCGGGUAUACUGCAGAUGAGAGGACUCAAUGGCUGGGGUGGCUGGCAAUACCUGUUCUUGAUCGAAGGCGCCAUGACGCUUGCUAUCGGCAUUUUCUCCUUUGGUCUCAUGCCCCCCGGUGCCUGUCAAACUAAACACUGGUUUCGUGGAAAGAACGGCUGGUUCACUGAACACGAAGAGCACAUUCUCGUGAACCGCAUCCUCCGCGACGAUCCCUCAAAAGGCGACAUGAAUAACCGGCAGGCGGUCGGCCUCCCACUCCUUUGGAAAGCAGCCUGUGACUGGGAGCAAUGGCCCCUCUACCUCAUCGGCCUGACAGCCUACAUUCCACCGAACCCACCUCAGAACUACCUUUCCUACAUCCUUCGCCAACUUGGCUUCUCUGUGUUCGAAGCUAAUUUACUCGCCAUACCCAGCCAAUUUCUCUACGCAGUCCAACUUCUAGUUGUCACCUGGCUAUCUGAGAAGUUCAAAGAACGGUCCAUGAUAUCCAGUCUCUCAAAUAUUUGGAUCUUCCCCUGGCUCCUUGCUCUAGUUGUCCUGCCUGCUAGCGCAAACCCCUGGAUCCGGUAUGCACUGCUUACCGGUCUCCUUUCCUACCCUUACUGCCAUGCUAUUCUCGUAAGCUGGAAUGCAAAGAACUCGAACUCUGUUCGUACGCGUGCUGUCUCAGCGGCUUUCUACAAUAUGUUUGUUCAGUCUGGCAACAUCAUUGCUUCAAACAUUUAUCGCGAUGACGACCAACCAUUGUACCGCAGGGGGAACAAGAUACUACUUGGUGUCUGUGUGUAUAACGUGUUUUUGUUCUAUGGUGUGAAGGCAUUCUAUAUUUGGAGGAAUAAGGUGAGGGAAGGACAGUGGAACGCGAUGACAAAGGGGGAGCAAGAGGACUAUGUCAUCAACACCAAGGAUGAGGGAAUGAAGAGGUUAGAUUUCAGGUUCGCGCAUUAA